AUGGCGGAGAGCAAAGACACGAUCUCCAAUGCUGGCGAGAAGGGGUCGGCAGCGAAUGCAGCGAGUGGAAGUGCCGCCAUCUGCCUCUUCCUCUUCCCCAACUUCCCCUUCCCCUUCCACCUUCCACCUGGCAUGGGAGCUCGCACGAGGCGGCAGUCGGCCUUCGGCCCUGGAGGGGAGACCUCGGCAGAACGUAGCGCGGCUUGUACCUGGAGCGUUUCAUCUGUCUUGUCAAUGCAAAAUGCCGGAGACGUUGCCGACAUGAAGCCAACGACUACUAUACGCUCAUCUUCCUGGCACUCAUCCUCACGAGGCGAGACCCCGCGCACCCAUCUCAGAUUCGACGUGUUCAUAUCCACGCGAAUCCACAAAAACCUCCACCGCGCCAGGAGUGCCCUGACCCGGAACGCCGCUUGA